AAAAGUUUCUCAGCUGAACGCCGGACGGCGGAUACUCCGGAUCUAUUGAGCUACGGCUCUCCAAUUCUCCGGUUCUCACGCUAAAAAUGACAAGCAGGGAAUAGUCGGCUUUGGUGUACGGAUUUCGGUUGAGUUACAAAACGGAAUUUGUUGUUUUUUUUCUGAGAGAAAACGUUUGAAGGGGGAAAAGUUGGGAAAACAAGACGAACAGAGCCUCCGUCACGGAGCAGGAUGAGCAAAGUGCUCACGAUGGAAUACACGGUUUGUCUUCUCGUGCUAGCUCUGAGUGUGGUGGGCAGUGGGGCAGCUGAGCUCGGUAUCCACUUGAACCUGACGGCCAAGCAGCAAGUGUGUCUGGAGAACCAGCAGUAUCCACACAAUGGCUUCUGCUGCAAAAACUGCGAGGCUGGCACCUACGUGAAGGAGAAAUGCACCGUGGAUUUGGAGAAGGGAACAUGCGAACGAUGCAAGGACGGCACCUACGCCGAGCACCCGACUGGCAUGGAGCAGUGCCUUCAGUGCAGCCAGUGUCCUGCAGGUCAGAUAAUAACAGAGACGUGCACAAACACGAGGGACACUAAGUGCGAGUGCAAACCCGGCACUUUCUGUCUGCCCGAUGAGCCCUGUGAAGUGUGCAAAAAGUGCACUAGGUGCAAAUCAGAUGAGAUUGAGGAGCAGGCGUGCACCCCGACCUCCAACACAAAGUGCAAAAAACGUACAAUAUCACCUAACGAAACAACUAUUUCAACCACAGUCUCACCUGUACCCAGCAACAAUAACAAUGGCACCAUAGGAGCUGUUGUGGCUGUAGUGCUUCUAAUCUGUCUUUUUGUGGUCGUUUUUCUGGUUUGGAGAUUGAGACGGCCCUGCAGAAAACAAGGAAGCCCAGGGGCUCAAAAUAAUGAAGUGAAGAUUCCAAUCGACGGCGUUAGUGUCCCUACCCCCGAGGAGUGCGAGAACAGCCGUAACGCAGGAUUGGAGGAGGCUGAGCUGCCACGCACCGAGUCUCGUCCCCUGCUGCAGGAGACGAAUAUCCCGGGGUGUAAAAGCAUCCCUGUGGAAGAUGAGGACAGAGGACUUGGGGACAGCCUACCUAACACCACCAGCUCCUCCCAGACCAGUCUAUCAGCUCUCCCAGUGAACGUGGCACUUCCUGUCUCAGAUCAUUGUGCAAGGGAGGUGGAGUCCUGGGCCAGGGAGGAUGGCACACCCAGAAGACUCAUUCCAUUACUUGCUGAGGAGGUGUCUCUAAGCAAGAGCUUCGACCUGUUCGACGUUCUGGAUGUGCGCGUGCACAACAAGUUCUUCCGCAGCAUCGGCGUAACCGACAACGCCAUCAAACACGCGGAGUCGCACAACGCCAGCGACAAGGUGUACGAACUGUUGCGCGUGUGGAUGCAGCGCGAAGGACUCCGCGCCAACAUCAACCACCUCUUGCAGGCGCUGUUGGACCUCGACCAGCGCUACUCGGCGGAGCAGAUCGCUUCCCGCUCGGUCGAGCGCGGCUACUACAAAUACGAGUGAUGGACUUUGUGAAGUGGAAAGUAUCGUGUCUUUCCGUUUUCGUACAAUGGACUGAAGGUGCAAGUGUUGUUCACGACGAGCUGAUUAGCAUCAACAAAAAAACAAACAAACCCAGACUUGUGAACUAAAACAAGCAGCUUGGCAUUCGAGUGUCACUUGGCGGAGCUAGAAUGAUUUUUAAUUGGGUGUUUUUUUUUUUUUACGCUGCUGUAGCUGAACAGAUCAUUAUGCCUUCCAUUACCUCUUAAGCCUCAUUUUAAGAAAAUAGAAAAAAAAAAGUAAACAAAAAAAAAUUGUACUGCCGAAAUACAAAGUUGCACACAAGAUUCGCGGAGAAGACACUUAGUUCAGCUCUUCUUUCGUCCACACGUGUGCACCGAUAUCCUGCAGACAGUCACUGCUAACGUCGUAGCAACGUUUUGUGCUUUUACGAACCAAAUGCCGGGCUGUGCGUAAAAAUCCAUGCUACGGUGAGGGUUAGUCAUCGAGAGCAGCCUGGUGUGAGGAAGAAAAUGAUGUGUUUGAGUCAGCCAGAGCGCAGAGUCGGCCUUUGUUUGUUUGUAGCAACUUUUAUUGGCUUUAUUGAAGCCAACACUGGACUCAGCGAAGAUUUCACGCUAGGUAACGGCGUGGCUUCGUCUAAAAAUUGUGCACUGGCAUCAGGCUUUUUGGAUUUUUUUAAUCUACAGGUUGGAAAUUGUUUGGGGUUUUUUUGUUUUUUUUCCUUGCAGUGACGGCCACAAAAUUAGCUGUAAUUAUAGUGGACAAAUGCUCAGUUCUGACUAAUUGGGUUUUUGUGCAAUUGAAACUACAGGCAGUCGAACCCCUAGAUGACACUACAUGCUACUAAGACUGUUGUCAUGUUUUUCCAUUGUUCAUUGAUAUGGUGAAAUGGAGGAAGGAAGGGGACACAAAGACGAUUUGUGCUUUGACACAAGUCAAGGCCUUCAAGCUUUCGACCAUAGACUCGCCAAUGCGACACAACUAUGGUUCAUCAGAAAGAAUUUAUUUGUGACAGUAGUAGACAAAAAGAUCGAUUUCUACAGUCACGGUUUUAGAGAUAACAUACUGUUUGCUACGGAAAUGUCACCCUCUGAAGGACAUAUUCCGCUCCCUUGAACAACAACUCAGUGUCUUUUUUUUUAUUUUAUUUUUUUUGGAGAAAAAAACAAAACAAAACAAAAUCUGUCGGUUACAAACACCUCUUCAUCCAUUUCCAUUUCCUUAUUUAUGUAGAAUUUCGAAUAUUUAUUUGUCAUAAUAGAUCUAUGUGUCAUUAUUUAUACCUGCUAACUAUAUUCAAGUGUGUCAUUUUGUGUGUUUGUUUGUUUGUUUGUUUGUUUUUUCGCCUUGCAGUGUAAGGCACUACAGAUGCGACAAGUGGCCAAAAGCCUGGCACAAGUGCCUACAUUUCCAAGGGGCCUAACAAGGGGCCACACUGCUCCUUUUCAUAAAAAACAAAAAACCCACAAAACCAAGAACUUUCUUUAAUACUUUCAACUUGCAUUAGAGUAAACCAUGGAUGUGUUGGUACGUUUUUUUUUUGUUGUUGUUGUUGUUGUUUGGUUUUUUUGUUCUCAAUGAAAGAUGAAGCUCUUUCCUCACAUCAAGAUUUCAUUUCUUUUUGGCCUGAGUUGUAUAGAGUCACAGAACCAACCAAUUUAAAAUGUGAGAAAAGAAUUGCGAAAUAGUGAGAAUGAAGUGGCGUCCUACAAACCUGAAGGAACAAACUGACCGCUGAAUGAAUUCAUAUUAUAAGGUUACACUCGGUGUGAAGUUAUUGUAAUUUGAUACCCAAUUUAUAAAGAAUUUUUUAUAUAUAUAAAGUAUAAUGAUGCUGUUACAGAACACAGAGUUAGAAUUAUUUAUUGAUCACUGCUUCAUGGAAAACGUCUCUCUCUAUAUAUAGAUCACUACCUACGUGUGAUCAACUUAGUAAAUCAACUUAGACCUUUGACUCAGCUAUGGACUGAGCAUCAUAGCUGUAUAAACUCGAGUGUAUUCUCUAAACGGAAACAAAAGACUCAAGUGUUCGUUCAGCUCAUAUACCAGUGCAGGCACUGCCACCUAGCGUUUUCAAAAAAUAUAUAUUGUUCUAAUAUGGAUUGAUACAGUCUGGUCCAAAAGUGUAUUGUCUGACUAUCUUUCACAAAACACCUUUAAGUUUAAAACAUUUGAACUAGACAUGCAUCAAUUUCAAGGGACCUGUUUUUGUUUUUUUUUUUUCAUCUUUUCUCUCUUCAUGCACUUGUAGAGUUUUUUUUUUAAUUACUAUUAUUUUGUUACACAGAGAAAUCAUUCAGUAGAUAAGCUCAAUUUGUUUUCUGUAUUAUUUCCUUUAGUCAUAGUUCAGCUUUAUUUCUUUUAACACCUGUUUUCUCUUCCUACAUUUGCUCACCCCACGUUUCGCUUUCCAGUAUCAUAGAAGCAAAUGUAUUGGCCCACUUUUGUUUGCUCUUUAACAGUUGUAAAGUAUUUGCUGUUGCAAAUGCAUUUGUAGAUUGAUUUAAUUUUGAAAUAAAUAUUUCUUACUAAA